UUGGGAUAUGGUAGCAUUGCAUAUUAAACUGUGUGACUUUAUUCAGCAUAUGAUUAACAAUGAUAGCAGGACUGAUAACUACAUAAGCUAAUCAAGGCAUUGUGAACAACUGUCAAUGCAAUCUUCUAAUAAAAUAUCUGCAGGUGACCUAUUGAACAUGACUUCUGGCUGUUUGAGCAUCUUUGGGAUCCUUCUAAAACCAAUUAGAAAUAAAAAAAAAAGAAGAAACAAAAUCUUUAAAAAAUAGCCAGAAUCAUGUUAUUGCUAGGUUUUAUAAACUGAAUAGCCAUAUUGUCUUUGGUCCAACUCAACAACUACAAAAAAUUAGAGCCAUAAAUGCAACCUGAUUGUUUAAAAUGACAUUGCUUGUUUAUGGUCAGUAUAUUGAAAGGAAACAGCUGAAACUACUAUUUUUGCGAUUAGACUUACAUUUUAAGACAUUAAUCAGUUAUUUUAUCAUUGAGGCCAAAGCAAGCCAAGAGCCAUAGCUGACGGUCUAAACAGCCACAUGUGGGAGACCUCUGGGCCACAUGUAAAGUAUUCAAAGGCAGCCUUUGUUGCACAGAUAAUUCCAAUAAAAUGUUUUCUUUCUUUUUAGAGACAGUUGUUUGUUCCCUUUAAUGCUUUGUUUUGCUUCAUAGCUUUCAGCUUGCUAUGUUUAUUAAAGCUAUGUUGUAGGUUAUGCGUUGUUUAAUGGAAAAAAAAAAAAAUUAUUGCUUUAACUCUUUGCUGCCUCUUGGUCUGAAUCUCCCUUUGUCAGGGUCUGUUACACAUUACCUUUCAGGACGAUGUUAUCGUCCUAACCAUCCCCCACGUGGAGCCUGUCACUGAGUGACACAGCCCACAGUGCAACCAAUCUGCUGGACGAGCUACUCUUUACAACCGCAGGCCUUCUACAGCGGAGUAAUUCUAAAGUGUAUACCCUGUCCAAAGUCCAUAAGAAAAGAACAGUUAGUUUUAUAGCCUUCCUGGACUCAUUACCAACCCAAUUGUUUAAAAGGUCUUUGUGUGCACAUGUCUUGACAUUUAGUUUGCUAAAUUUAUCUCAAUGUAAAAUAAUCAGCAAUUUAAAAAAAACAAAAAAACUCUUUGAUUAUUAAUCAACUUAAUACAAAUAAAGCUGUUUUGACGAUGAUUGUGUCAAAAAUAUCUUUAUUGUGGUGGAUCAUGUUUGGGUAGGAGGGAUCGUUUUGCCCACAGGGCCAGCCCUGUGGGCAGCAGAUGAGCCAGAGAAACUUGUGUGUUUGUGUGUGCGUGUGUGCAUGUGUGCUGCUGAGCUGUAAGCAGAAGAGCCCCGCCAGGCAGCCUGCUGAAACUGGGCAUAGUCUCCCGUCCAACAGUUCGUCUCUCUUGUUUCCUUCAGAUGAUGCCUUGGAUUUAGCCAACUCACACAAGUGCUAUGAAUAAGACACUGGACAAAAUACACACUUCUGGAGGACUCGGACAGAAAGCAGAGAUUUUUCAGAGUGGCAAGGGUAAUGAGAGUGUCUUCCCCAGCUCAGCAAUCAUCCCACUGGAAGAUCCUUCACUCACUUCAAAUGCUCAGAGGACUAGGACCAAGUUUUGCAAGGGGAACAGGAAUGUUAGAGAGGGGGAGGACUCUCCGUCUUCCCCGGUUCCAAACCUCUUUCCUGAACUUCUACCUGCAACUGUUUCCGGAUCCAUCUCUGAAUGUUUAUUGCCUUGGACAAAAUCUAAUGCAACUCAGGUGAUAAAAGUGUAUGAUGAAAACAACACCAGCAAGGCUGUAGAGGUGCCCACUGAUGUCACCGCCAGGGACAUAUGCCAGCUAUUUGUCCUGAAGAAUCACUGCAUUGAUGACCACAGUUGGACUCUUAUUGACCACCUCACCCAGCUAGGAAUAGAAAGGACCAUAGAAGAUCAUGAAUAUGUUAUGGACGUGCUAUCAGGCAAUGGGAUGGAGACUGACAGUCGGCUGUAUUUUAGGAAGAAUUAUGCUAAAUAUGAAUUCUUUAAGAAACCGCUGGACUUUUUCCCAGAUCAUAUGGUUUCCAUAUCAACAGAAACUAAUGGCAUUGUGGAUCACUCCGAGCUGAUUGAGACCUUCCUCAAAUCCAGCACUUGUCCUGAAAUCCAUGGCCACCUUCAUGUCAAAGAGCAAAGCAAGAAGUCCUGGAAGAAGUUUUAUUUUGUUUUACGGAGGUCAGGGCUUUAUUUCUCCACCAAGGGAACUUCUAAGGAACCAAGGCAUCUCCAGUUCUUUGCUGAUUUCGCAGACAGUGACAUCUACACUGUUUUAUCAGCCAAAAAAGCGCACGGAGCACCAACAGAGUUUGCUUUCUGUGUCAAGGCUACAAAGUGCAGUUCAUCUCGUGAUUUGAAACUGCUUUGUGCGGAUGAUGAGCAGACCAAGACCUGCUGGAUCACAGCCAUGCGCUUGUUAAAGUUUGGGAUGCAACUUUACCAAAACUUCAUUCAGCCUCAUCAGAAGCAAAAAGUCUCACCAAUGAGAAGCAUCUCUGAGAACUCGCUGGUGGCCAUGGACUUUUCUGGUCAAAAGACACGAGUGAUCGAGAACCCAUCUGAAGCUCUCUCUGUGGCUGUGGAGGAAGGCCUGUCAUGGAGAAGGAAAAGCUGCCACCGUUUGAGUGGUCAUGGGAGCCCCUCCUCCACACAGAGCUCUGCUCCAAACCUAGCAAUCCACUUGGCUCAGCCGUGGUUCCAUGGAAAGUUGUCUCGGGAAGAAGCUCAGCAUUUAAUUACCCAGCAGGGUCUUAUUGAUGGAGUGUUUCUUCUGAGGGACAGUCAAAGCAACCCAAAGACGUUUGUUCUCUCUCUCUGUCACAUGCAGAAAAUCAAACACUUUCAGAUUCUACCAGUGGACGAUGAAGGGGAGCUGUUCUAUACUUUGGAUGACGGUCACACACGAUUUACUGAUUUGAUCCAGUUAGUGGAGUUUUACCAGUUAAACCGUGGGACUCUCCCCUGCAGACUGAAGCAUCACUGUAUCCGGAUCACCCUGUGAAAUGGACACUCAAGUCUCCCCAGUGGGCCCUUUACUCUGGAUUUUGUUGGAUGAUUUUUUGCCUUACAGAAGACUGUGGUUUUCACAAUGUGGAACAUUCUUUCUUUUUCUCUUUCAGGAAAGGCCAGCUUUCAGAAUGGACUAUAUGACCAUUAAAGAUUGCAAAUAAGAUUAUUUUUUUAAUUCAGUUGUAUUUCUACAUGCCUUGGGAAAUCUAUGUUGCAAAGCCUAAUCAUGAUGUUUUGCUCUAAAAAGUGUGAAAUUGUGUCACUUCACAAUAUCAGUGAAACUUUUUUGGUAAUAGCUGAUUUCUAAUGGUGUGCACAUACAAUACUGCUGAAGCUCCUUUAUACUCUACAACCACAAACUAUUAUAUUUUAUUGGGAUUUUUUUUUUUCGCGGUAUGCCAACAUGCAUAAUGAUGAAAGAGAAGUGGUUCUGAAAAUGUAAAAAAAAAUCUA